AUGCUGAUCCAUAAUAGCUCCUUGGCCGACGAGAUCUACGCCCUCAACGCCAUCUACAGUGAGGGUCAGUUUGCCGCAACCUAUUCCGAUGCGCACCACACGACCGUGUCAAUGCGACUUCCUGGGCUCAGCUAUUCAUUCCUGCUCCAUGUUUUGGACGACUAUCCUCAAUCGCCUCCGAAGGUACUCGGAGUCGACAACCUCGUGGAGAGCUUGAAGCAGGAAGUCCAACAAAACGCCGUCUACUUAGGAGCGUGUGUCCAGGCCGUCCACUCCUCCGAAAGUGUGUGUCUAUACGAUGCCAUCGAGGAGUUCCAGAAUGUUUAUACUGUCCUGCAAGCGCAUACUCGUCAAUCUCGAGACCCGAGAGAGGACGCGCAACUGAAUUCGGCUAAAAGAGCCAUCAUACUGAAAGAUUUGGCGGCCCGAGCCAGGGCGAAGGCGUCUGCAGGAGGCCACGAAAGCAUCACCACGGAUUCACGGUUCGAUGUAGUCGACUGUGUUGUUUGUAUGGACGCUUUCUUCAGGGUCGACGUCGUGAGCUUGGAGUGCCGCCAUUUAUUCUGUCGGGAUUGUCUUCACGGCACGUUUGGGCCACCACCUUCGUAUUUCGGAGUCUGGACUAACUGA